GCCGCGGCCGCGGCGCUCGCGGAGCUCCCGGCGGCGGCGAGGAUGCUCGUGACCGGAGAGAUCGUCCGUCCGCCGGACGCCGUCGCCGCCGUCGCGGACGCCGCGGCGACGAUGACGACGUCGUCGUCGGCCGCCGCCGACGCCGCCCUUGGCGCCGGCGGCGAGGCCACCGCGUUCGUGACCGCGCUCGCCCCCAAGGUGGACCGCGCGACCGAGGGCUUCAGCAUCUUCCGCGGCGUCGUCUCGAGAGCGCAAGAGGUUAUGGGUCUCACGAGCGGCGGCGUCGCCGGCGACGCGUUGCCGACGGGGGGCUUCGUGGAGACGCUCUUGGAGCCCGGCGAGGUGAUCCGAGACGUCAUCAGAACGACGCAGAACGAAGCGUCGCAGGGCGCGACGAUCAGCGCGUCGGAGUGGGACAAGGUGGUGAACAGCGUUGACGUCGACCUCGCGCUUCUGCUCGCGUCGGUGGUCACGGUGGUGCCGUUGUGCAAGUAUCUCAACGUCUCGCCCGUGCUCGGGUUCUUGGGCGUCGGGCUCCUGCUGAACCAGGAGGGUUUAUUCAGCGAGAACGAGGAGGUGGACCAGUUCUGCGAGCUCGGGAUUCAGUUCUUGCUGUUCGAGAUGGGGUUGGAGCUGAGCGUGUCGCGAUUGAAGGCGCUCGGGAAGUACGCGUUCGGGCUCGGGUUGAACCAGGUGUUGUUCGUCAACUUGCUCUUCGCCGCGGCGUUGCUCCCGGCGGGGGACGCCAUCGGGACGAAAGUCUUGGGGUUCGUGCAGAACACGGACGUGGACAUCCUGCAGAUUAACUCUUCGCUUCAGGCGGUCGUCAUCGGGUUCGCGCUGUCGCUGUCUUCCAGCGCGUUGGGGUUGCAGCUCCUGAGCGAUAAGAAGAUGAUGCCGACGCGCGUGGGCACCGCGUCGCUCGGCGUGUUGCUGUUCCAAGACCUCGCGGUGGUCCCGUUCAUCAUUCUGCUCCCUCUGCUUCAGUCCCUGCAAGUCAGCGCCGCGGCCGGCGGCGGCGCGAUGGAGAUGGACUACGGCAUCAUGGCCGCGGAGACGGCGACGAGUUUCUUGGACCUCGGGGUGUUAUCCUACGCGGGAUACUUCGCCGCGUGUUGGCUGUACAAGACCAUCGUGCAGUUGGAAUGCGGCACGGACGUCUUCGUCGCGUGCUCGCUGCUCGUGCUGUUCGGGUUCUCGAACGCCACGAGCGCGAUCGGGUUCAGCGACUCCCUCGGCGCGUUCCUCGCCGGUUUAUGCCUCGCCGGGACGCCGUACGCGCACGACAUCAUGAAGGAGCUCCGCGCGUUUAAGGGUUUGUUUUUGUCGCUCUUCUUCGUCACCAUCGGCACGACCAUCGACCUCCCGCUCGCGAUCGACAUGUUCCCCAUCGUCGCCACGAUGACGCUGACGCUCAUGGUCGUCAAGACCGGGGUCGUCACCGCGCUCGGGCCGUUCACCGGGCUGACGUGGCGCGAGGCUUUGGUCGCGGGCGCGUUCAUGUCGCAAGGCGGCGAGUUCGCCUUUGUGAUUUUCGGGCAAGCCACGAGCGGGUCCGCGGGGUCGCUGUUUCCGGCCAACUUGGACGAGCUCCUGGUCGUCGUCGUCAUCGCGUCCAUGGCGCUGACGCCCGUCAUCGUUGACGUCGCGCUGAAGAUCGCGGGGCCGGAGCUAAACACGGAGGGUUGCGAGGUUGGGGUUUCGGAGACGUUCGACGAGGCGUGCGCCGUCGUGUACGAGGUGGAGGCGACGCGGACGGGGAAGGUUGGGAACUUGGCGGCGGGAAGUUUGAGCGCGGGGGCGAUGGAGGGCGUGGACACGAGCGACAUCUUGACGAGGGACGCGAAGCCUUCGUCCGCGUCGGUCGACAUCGGCGCGAGCAUGGACUCCGCGGACUCGUUUGACGCGCGAUGAGGGGGUGGGUUGUACACGUAGCCCAUUAUAGGUGUUGUAUUGAAUGACAAGAACCAUUUUUUUUGUUUUUUC